UUGAAGUUGUCACCUCUGAAUGACAGCAGGGGUUUUUCGACCUCCGAGUGCAGCUGCAGAGACACAUCACAAAACUCUUGUUGCUUAAGUUCAGCUUUGAAACAGCAACGCUCAUGAGAAGAUAAAUCAGAACCAGAAGUCAAAUGCAAGAUGGCUGCCGAUGGCUGGACUGGUUUGUUUGGCUCAAUGCCUUCUCUGGCUUUUGACAUUUUCUUUCACUUUCUGCUGACUACAGUGAGAGCUACUCAACAGAGUUUCCCUGAAGUAAAGCAUUGCCUGGACUUUAACCAAGUUUUGAAUAACAGGAACAUGGAAAAUGGCUAUGUUGGGACAAUGCUUCUCUGCAUGUGGCUGCUGAUUGUUCCACCUGUUCAGGGCCUCAGCCUCAGUCUGGAAAUGGAUCAACCAUCAACUCCUGCACAAGGUAACUCUCUGAAGGACACACCAAGGCUGAAGUUUUUUGGACAUGGAUAUUUAGCAACUUAUUCCAUCUUCUGGCAAAAAGAACACUACAAUGAGAAAGGAAGCAGACCAAUUAAGCAAAACAAAUGGCAUGCUUAUACUACACUGCUACUGCUGCUGCUAAGUGGGGAUAUACAGCUCAAUCCAGGACCACUGGAAAGUUCUAGCUCUGGACAAAUGGCAAAACUGGACAUUGCAGAGACACUUAUUCAAAGUGAUUGUUGCAGUGGGAUGGAACCAAUAAACAUCUUCCAUGUGGAGUCAUCGAUCUGUGCCGGCCCUGCCACCAUCAGGCUACCUGCUACUGUUAGCAGCAGUAGUAGCCCAGUUACCACCAAGCAAGGCCUAGACUUCAGCUGUACUGGUUCUAGCUGCCCAACCUCAGCUGCCAUUAAGCAAGGCCCUCGCUCCAGCUGUACCAGUUCAGCUACCACCAAGCGAUGCCCAGGCUUCAACUACAGCAGCACAGCUACUACCAAGCCAGGCUCCAGCUGUACCAGCCCCAGGUCCACUACCCCAGCUGCCAUCAGGCAAGGCCCAUACUUCACCUGUCCUAGCUCAGCUUCCACCGAGCGACAGCUGGACUCAAGCUGCAGCAGCGCAGCUGCCAUCAGGCCGGGCUUCAGCUGUGCCGGCUCUGGCUGCUGUGUCCCAGCUGCCAUUGGGCAAGGCCCACACUCCAACUAGGAUGGCGGUUCUGCUGGGCAGCCAGGCAGCGCUCGGCCGGCUGAUCUGGGUGCAGCAAACUCUGCUCUCCCUCCCUGUGCUCACUAUGGUCCAGGUCACGCUGAUGGUCACGGGCACCAGAUUUUCCAUUACACUGGCUCCACAUCCAUCAGCAGCGUUGUUUUCCUGCCUCACACCCCGCUCCGAAUGAGACCAUUCAUCUCAAGGAAGCCUGUCGGACUAACGUACUUCUCUAUGGCCGCUUGGUGACUUGCUGCAGGGCUGGGGAUUAAAUAUUAAUACAGAUUACCUUUGUGACCCAGCAUGUAAUAGAUCUCACUCCGAGGCCGAUCCCAGCUCAGGAAACGUCAAACCCUCAGACUCUGGAAGCUGCAGCAAGUCUAUAACCCAAAACAAAGCUGAGAGGAACUUCCAUCAGGCAGCUUUGUGAACGGGGACAUUUUGUCCUCAUGAGACUUCACGCAACAAGGAUGUGAGAAAUUCCUCGGCUCUGCAGGAGAAAUCCAAGGAUGCAGGUGAAGCCUAAACAACAUGGUGGACACCCCUCUGGGAAAGGAAUCGUCUGUUUUCCAAACAUUGCAUCAUCAGUGAACAUAUGAAUGGUCUCCCUCUUUUCUCCUGUUGGUGUUUCCACUUCCUCACCAUUAUUUGCUGCUUUUGCUUUUGUCACCAUGGAAACUGGACUUGCUGCAUAUCUUGCAGGUCUGAUGUUUUUUUUUCCUAGAUCCUGCGGUGGCAGCAGGACAGCGAGCCCAGCGAGUGUGAGACAUGAACCCCUCCUCUGCCUACCUUGCCACCCUUCCCAAUAUUACUCCCCCAUUAUGAGAUGAGGUUAUGUAACUCCAGCUCCUGUCUGAGCCUCUUCACACAAACCUACCCCACAAAAACCCAACUCACAUUCCUGUUUCUGCUGGACCUGGACCUGCUGGGGGCCAUCAAGGUCCUGAGUGACCUGGGUGGCCCUGGUGGGUUUAACGUGGGGCGCUUUGAGGAGGAGGAUGAGAUGAGCCGCAGCUCAGAGACGGUCAGACGAGGCUAUACGAACAUGAAUCUGCAGCAGAGCAACAUGCAAUGUUACCAAAGCUUAAAUGAGUCUGUGCUAGGCAAUAAAUGAAAGAUAAAGUUAAUAAAACACAAUGGAUCAGGCUAAAACACAGCAGCACCACUCCACGAGGACCCAGCGUGACUUCAGCUGUGAGCUUUAAUGCAAACAAACCGAAUGAAUCAGGAGAUGAGAGGACAGACAUCCAUCAGAGGAAGGGGGACUCUCACCGUGGUCUUGGUCUCCUUGACCUCCUUGAUCUGCCUCUUGGCUGGCGACACGGAGCCGGGGGGCUGCGGGGCA